AUGGCCAUAACUGUGCUCCCAUCGGACAGCAACGGGCUUGUCGGAUCCGAAGGCGCGGCCCAUUCGGCGGCCCUGAGUAAGAAAAUUGCCGCCAUUGUUGUGUUAUUUCUUUUAUCCCUUUUAUCAUUUGUGUGUCAGACUGAGUUCACUUCCCUGGCAUACAAGCUUGGAUUCAAGGAACCGGUGUUUCUUUUAUUUGUAACCCAUGGUCUGUGGUGGAUUUUUUGGCCAUGUCAGGCCCUUGUGGUGUCCAUUUUGAGGACCCAUGACAAGUACCAGCGAGACAAGAAGCUGCCUCGUUCUGCGUUACUGCCGAUCAAUUCCGCUAGAUACCAUCGAUUGGACAGUCAGAGCCAAUUAUUAGAAGAGCAGCAACUUUUCGAAGAGUCGGGCCAAGCUCAAGGUCUUGCCUCUACCGGUUCUGUGGUGACCGGAGCACCAAUAACUCGGUCAUCGGCGCUGACUCAAGCAUUCUUUUAUUGGUCAUACUUCAAGAAAUGUAUCAUUAAGCAGAUCCAUAACGUUUACCACACAGCCAUCCUUGUAUAUGAGGCCAACGUUAAUCAUGACACUCGUACUGAGCGUUUAAAUGAACUUGUUGAACAGAAUCCUCGGUUAUCAUCUUUGUCAGUCAAGGAGUGUGUUCGGUCCUUGUUGCCCACCCAGGCCUUCCAGUACAUUUUGAAACGUUGUCUUUAUAUCACUGCCGUCUUGACGGUUGCUGGACUCACCUGGUAUGCUGCCAUGUCCAUGACAUAUCCUUCAGAUGUUACUGCCAUUUACAAUUGUUCUGCAUUUACCGCAUACGCAUUUGCCAUCCCAUUAUUGGGCGAGAAGUUCUCAUGGUUGAAGGCGAGCCUGGUGAUCAUUGCAGUUGCUGGUGUAUUCACCGUGGCUUACUCACCCGGUGGAGAAAUUGAAUCCUCGGAAGGAUCCGAAUCUGUUGGAGAAUUGGUUAAAAGGACAUUGUCUGUCGCUGUGACUAUGGUCACUCGUGGUUCAGAUGACGAAUCAUCCGAUGAAUAUCCACUCAGAUCAAUUGGGAAUCUUAUCAUUCUCGUUGGUGCUGUUCUCUACGGCUACUAUGAGGUGAUUUACAAGAAGUACACCUGCAUCGGGCCACACAUUGACAAGACCAUCACCCCUAGACGUCAAGUUACAUUUGCCAACUUCAUCAUGGGACUCCUUGGGCUUUUCACAGGUCUUAUUAUGGGAUCGGUGAUUUUGCUCUGUCAAAUAAUCGGCAUUCAUCAUUUCAAGUUGUUCAGCUAUGGUGAUGACACCGUUACCAUUUGGUUAUACAUCUUGGGGUCCAUUAUUCUGAAUUUGACCUUUAGCGCGCUGUUCCUACUGCUCAUGUCGUUGACCAACCCUGUUCUCCUGUCGGUGAGUUCGUUACUCACGAUAUUCCUUAUUGGUGUUGUUGAAUGGGUGAUGUACGGAGUGACCUUGAGUGCACAACAAUUGGCUGGAGACUUUUUAGUUGUGGUUGGCUUUGCCGUGUUAACCAUUGCAUCUUGGAAGGAGAUCUCCGAGGGUAAGGAUGAUGAUGAUGUUGAGGCUAUCAGUACAUAUUCUUUUGCAAUCAGUACUGACGGUUAGAAGGACUGAAUAAAAUUUUUUAUAGAAUAAAAUUAAAC